AUGACAAUCGUGGGACUCAUAAAGGGCGUUCUGCUCUGGCGGAAGAUCCAGCCAUGCUUUCCCAUAUUUCCACACACAACCUGGGUUUCUGAACUCGAUUCCACUCCAGUGACGAAAACCCAGGGUUCGGCUAGUUAUACGAAAAGAUGCUGUUAUGGGUCCUUUGCCUAUACAAGGACCUUAGACCUUAGUGACUCGGCCAAGGCCUGCGCUGUCCUGAAGGCGGUGAGCCACCUACAAGACUUCCUCACAACAACAAUCCUUCUUUCUCCUUUCUUCUUUAGCGAUUCCUUCCUUAUGAGGAGACCUUUUACUAUGACAAUGGAAGAAGAAAGUGUCACAUUGUUGCUACAGCAGCUCCAGGAGCUCCGUACGGAGAUGCGGACUCAGAAACAACAGCUCCAAGAAGAGAAUAACAGCUUACGGGCGGAACUACAGGCCGUACGGAACUCGCAGCUGAGAAACCAUCCACCAGUUACUACUACAGUUACAUCUGCAACGCCCACCCCCUACGAACGAAGCUAUCCCCGUCCUCGUCACCCGGAUGUCGAACCCUUUACUGGAGAAGACCCUAAGGACUACCCUCCUUUCCAGAUGAACCUUCUUUACUAUGCCUACAGCCGCAUGAGAGGAAAAGCCAGCCAGCGUGUGCUACCAUGGCUCUUGGCUCGCCAGAAAUCUGAGACUCCUGUGCUAUGGGCAGAAUUCUCCGCGGUACUAGACAAGGCCUUCGGUGACCCUGACCGACAGAGAAAGGCUCUUGUACGAGUGAAUACAAUAAAGCAAGGGAGACGUGACUUUGAAGAGUUCUUGAAUGAAUUUGACGAAGAACUUCUUAAUGCUGGAGGGAUUAAUUGGGAUGAUAACCAGAAGAAGGCCUUGUUGGACACGGCAAUUAAUGUUGAGUUGCUAAAAGCCAUGGGUUGGCUUACACGAAAAGGAUCUCACGCCGCUGUCCCCAUGCAUGUCGCUCGUACAAGACCAGCAGGAGGCUCUGACCGGACCGGAACCCCUGAUCAAAUGGACUGGGAAGCCACCCAUGCUCAAAUUGCAGCCCUACAAAAGGAAGUUGCGGCCCUCCGUAUGAAAGGGACCAGGACCCCAAGAAAAGCUAGUCAGGCGCCUGCAGAGGAGAAGCAAAAGAGGUUGUCCGAGGGCAAAUGCCUACGCUGCGGCGAUCCUGACCACUUCGUUCAGCUAGACAUCGGGGCGCAUACAGAAAAAGGAGCCUACUUCUAUGUGAUACCCGAUAACCUGGGCUAUGACCUGAUCUUGGGACUCCCCUGGCUGGAGCAACAUGAUGGAAGGUUAGAGGCUAAGAGGGGCAGGCUGUACCUCCGUACUACUGGAGUCCGUCUAUGGAGUACUACAAAGAGGCCCUUACCGAAGCUGGACAUAGCACAGAUAUCAGCUGCAACCAUGGGAGGAUUUAUACAAAGGAAAAGGUGCCAUGGCCAAGAUAUCGAGAUAUUUGCGGUCUCAUUGGCAGAUAUACAGAAGGCACUGGCCCCAAAGAGACAUAUUGACCCCCGUACGAAGCUACCAAGGCAAUACUGGAAAUACCUAAGGCUCUUCGAACAAGACAAAGCUGAAGAACUACCACCGCACCGGGGAGAUGGGAUUGAUCACAAAAUCGAGCUCGUACGGGAGGAGAGUGGGAAGGAUCCUGAAGUCCCCUGGGGCCCCCUUUACAACAUGACCCAGGAAGAACUAAUAGUCCUCCGGAAAACACUCUCUGAACUACUACAGAAAGGCUUUAUCCGCGUGAGCCAUUCCCCAGCUGCAGCCCCAGUACUCUUUGUACGAAAACCAGGAGGAGGACUGCGGUUCUGCGUCGACUACCGUGCUCUAAAUGCCAUUACCAAGAAGGACCGCUAUCCAUUGCCCCUGAUCCAUGAGACACUGAACCAAAUUGGACAAGCCAGAUGGUUUACUAAGCUGGAUGUGUCUGCUGCCUUCCACAAGAUCCGCAUAGCCAAAGGCCAGGAAUGGAUGACUGCCUUCCGUACGAGAUACGGGCUCUUUGAAUGGCUAGUCACCCCUUUUGGGUUGGCUAACGCACCGAGUACCUUCCAAAAAUACAUCAACUGGACCCUCCGGGAAUAUCUAGAUGAAUUCUGCUCAGCCUAUAUUGACGAUGUGCUUGUCUAUACCAAUGGGGACCUCCGCCAGCACCGGAAGCACGUACGAAUGGUCUUGAAGAAACUGGAAGAAGCAGGCCUAUAUUUGGAUAUUAAGAAGUGCGAAUUUGAGUGCAAGGAGACAAAGUACUUGGGCUUUAUAAUACAGGCAGGGAAGGGAAUCAAAAUGGACCCGGAGAAGGUGAAAGCAAUAAAGGAAUGGGAAACCCCUACUACUAUAAAGGGCGUCCGAGGAUUCCUGGGCUUUGCCAACUUCUACCGAAGGUUCAUCCCUAACUUCUCAGGGAUCAAAGGAACACCCUUCUUGUGGACUAAGGAGUGCCAGGAUAGCUUUGAUCUGCUUAAGGAAAAGUUCAUUACUGGACCUGUCCUAGCAACCUUCAACCCUUCCUACCGUACGGUAGUAGAGACCGACUCCUCAGGUUAUAAUACAGGAGGAGUUCUCUCUCAAUAUAAUGAAAAAGGGGAAUUGCACCCAUGUGCCUACUUCUCUAAAAGGAAUUCCCCAGCUGAAUGCAACUACGAGAUCUAUGACAAGGAGCUACUUGCAAUUGUACGAUGUCUUGAAGCCUGGGAUGCUGAACUGCGCUCAUGUGGAGAAUUCCAAGUUAUUACCGACCACAAGAACCUGGAGUACUUCUUCUCCCCAAGGAAACUGACAGAGCGGCACGUACGAUGGUCCUUAUUUCUCAGCCGGUUCAACUUCAAGUUAGUAUAUAGGAAAGGGUCAGCCAAUCAGAGAGCUGAUGCACUUUCACGGAGAGACCAAGACAUGCCUGAUGAUAAAGAUGACAGGGUCAAGUCUCGUACGAUGCAACUCUUUAGUAAAAAACACUUGGGAAAAAUGGUAGUUGCCACCCUUCAACCAACCGGAGAGCCACCACGCGAGCCGUGUGAGAAAGGUGACAUGUGGAAAGAGGCACUCAAGCAGGAUAAAGGGUACAAUGGGGCAAUACAGUGCCUGAAGGAUGGAGCAAGGAAAUUUCCCCCACAUCUACAGUUGAAAGUGGGAACCUCGGAAUGCCAAUUAGACGCCCAAGGCUAUAUCCUCUUCCGCGGAAGGAGGUGGGUACCUGGGAGUGAACAGCUCCGUACAAAUAUAAUUCAAGCUGCGCACGACUCUAUGUUGACAGGACAUCCUGGCCGGGAGCAAACAUAUAUGCUGGUUAGCCGGAUUAACCGCCGACUAUCUACAGCCCAUCACCCCCAGACUGAUGGAUCAACAGAGAGGAUGAACAGUACAGUGGAGACCUACCUCCGCAUCUAUACCUGCUAUGACCAGAGGGACUGGAACAGGUUACUCCCACUUGCAGAGCUAGCAAUUAAUGGCCCCCUACCCGAGGAGGUAGAGCAACUAGCCGAAGAACCAGCCAAGAGUCCUAUCCAGAAAGGGGAAGCUAUUGUACGGAAAGUUAAGGAAGCCCUAGACUGGGCUCAAGCCUCCAUGGCCUAUUCCCAACAGAAUGCAGAGAAUCAGGCUAAUAAACACAGGAGCCCGGCCACAAACUACCAAGUGGGAGAUAAGGUCUGGCUAAGUCUGAAGAACAUCUGUACGGACCGACCCAGCAAGAAACUGGACUGGAAGAACGCCAAGUACGAGGUUAUAGGCCUGGUGGGCAGCCAUGCUGUACGGCUGAAUACACCCCCAGGGAUCCAUCCAGUCUUCCAUGUGGACCUGCUUCGGCUGGCUUCAUCAGAUCCACUUCCUUCCCAGAAGAAUGAUGAUACCCAGCCCCCUGGCAUCAUUGUGAACGGCGAGAAAGAAUACAUGGUAGAGAAAAUCCUGGACGAACGUCCCAGGAGAUACGGGAGAGGUCACCGGCUGGAAUACCUAGUGAAAUGGUCAGGCUAUGCUCGGCCAACCUGGGAAGCUGCCACAGCUUUGGAGGAAGCACAAGCUCUGGAUGAGUGGCUGGAUCGUACAAAACAGUAUAGACUUCAGGACGGCUCACUAAACAGAGAUGCAUACAUAAAGGCUAAAGCGACAUGACCUACCCCUAUGACCUGUACUUCCUACAUGAAGAAAGGGGGGGGGGUACUGUUAUGGGUCCUUUGCCUAUACAAGGACCUUAGACCUUAGUGACUCGGCCAAGGCCUGCGCUGUCCUGAAGGCGGUGAGCCACCUACAAGACUUCCUCACAACAACAAUCCUUCUUUCUCC